CGGCCCAAUAUGUUACUAGUUAUUUUCUUGUUCAUCUAAGCUCGAUUUCUUCCCUCCCUCACGGCGAACUUUCUAGGCUCUUCAUCUCCGUUUGCGGCGAACUCGUUCCUCUCACUUUCUCCGGCGAAUUCACUUUUAGAUCUGGGGAAGUAUGGGCCGCAAAGCUGGCACCUUAUAUAUUAACCCAAGGAACUUUGGAAGCCUCCAAAAACCUUGUGCCAAAGAAAUGGUCUCGUUCCUUAAUUGUUUGACUUUAAAUCACAACAAGGACGAGAAAUGUGGCAGGCAAAAGUCACUUUUGAGUACCUGCAUGGAAGCUCAGAGUGGCAAAAACAGAAAGCCAUGGGGUAGCAUCAAUUAUCACUUACAGAGGCUUAGCAGGGGAAGGAAGUAACUUGAAUCGAAAGUGGUUGCACAUGGGCAUGUUUUGAAAUUAGAUGCAGAGAUGGUUUCUCCAAGUUAUCAAUGAACGACCUUUUUCCGAGAUGGUCUGCAAUACUUGAUUAAUAGCACGAAUUCAGACUCAUAAGGCAGUUGAGGAACAUUACUUAUUUUGUCAUUGUGGAACCUUCCAAUGGUAGCUAUUAUUUCUUUUCGUCUUAUAAUUGCAAAGACCUGUGUGAGCAGGAAUGAGCAUGAGAAGGAAUUGCUUUCUUUGACUUAUAAUGAAAAUUAUAUUGACUUAA